AUGAUUGACAGACCGGCAAAUGCUGCCAGCGUUGCAUCAACGCGGGAACGCAUACGGAGAAAGGUGACAAGCUCCGCGAAGGUCUAUGUAGUAUGGAUGGGCUUCAGGCUUGCUUUCUCUCCAACAGUCCGACAAAAUGAGGCCCAGUCCAGCUUAACGAAGGCGUCGGAUAAAGAAAUUGCCGCUGAACCGAGCCGACAAUCAAUCAAAGAGAAGAGAUCCUCGAGCGGGGCCAUUUCUAGCAUCCGUGGUGCCUUCGGCCGUUGUCUUGGCCGGCACUUGAAUGCCACCACCUUUGGGGCACAAAUCUGGUAUCGGGGAUUACUAUGGGACGGGAAUGUGCAUGAAUUUCAAGAUAUUUCGGGCCUCAAGUGA